AUGCCCAGCUUAUUGCCGUUCAUCGGGAGAUUAUCGGUUUCGGACUAUGUUAUAGUUCUCCUUGUCUACUUCGAAAAGCUCUUGGCGUUGCUCCUCAACUGUGUGCCACAAUCAGUGAUAGACGCAACAACAGCAAUGGUCAACCUAUUUAGCAGAAACCGGCAUUUGGCUGGACAAAAUAUCGCACAACAGCUACGUGACGCAAAGGACAUCCACGAAAUGGGCCAGAUGUUUGGCAUCGAAAUAGAGGACCACAUCGUGCGGACCGAGGACGACUAUUUGCUGACAGUGCAUCGCAUCGCGCCUGCUCCAGGCAACUACAACGGACAAGUGGUAUAUCUCCACCACGGACUGCUGAUGUGUUCGGACAUUUGGAUGUGCAACACCGUACGCGAGAGAAACCUACCGCUGGUGCUACAUGAGCUCGGGUUUGACGUAUGGAUGGGCAACAACCGUGGAAACAAGUACUCGACUCAGCAUCUCCACCGCAGACCUGCCUCUUAUAAGUUCUGGGAUUUCUCGAUAGACGAGUUUGCGUUUUUCGACAUACCUAACUCCAUCGAGUUCGUGCUUGCACACACGCAGGUCCCCUCACUCAUCUGCAUUGGUUUCUCGCAGGGCUCCGCUCAGACAUUUGCGUCUCUGAGCGUGCGCGAGGACCUCAACGACAAAAUUAGUCUGUUUGCUGCCAUCUCACCCGCACUCACACCAAAGGGCCUGCACAAUCGUAUCAUCGACACUUUGGUUAAGUCCAGCCCUCGUCUUAUGUACUUGUUUUUCGGUAACCGCAUUUUGCUACCCUCUGCCACUCUGUGGCAGAAAACGCUCCACCCAACGCUCUUCAACUUCAUCAUUGACGUUGCCAAUCGGUUGCUAUUCAACUGGCGUUCUCUCAACAUAUCACCGCAACAAAAAAUCGCGUCCUACGCUAAGCUUUACUCCACCACUUCUGUUAAAUGUGUAGUGCAUUGGUUCCAAAUUCUUCAAGCGCAAAAAUUCCAAAUGUUUGAAGAACACGAUAUCGUCAUCAAUUCCUGGAACACGACUAGACCUUACCAAAUCACUACUUUCCCUACUCGCACUAACAUUCGCAUCCCGGUUCUAUUGUUAUAUGGAGGUUCAGAUUCGCUGGUCGAUAUCGAUGUCAUGAAGGCAAACCUUCCAAGCUGUCAAGUUUUCGACAUCAUGGUACCUGGCCACGAGCACUUAGACCUAAUAUGGGGUAGAGAUGUUGCACAACUUGUCAUCCCUAAUGUCAUUCGUUUCAUCCGUUUCUUCAAAGAGUUACAAUGUCUCGAAGAAGACGAGACCACUUUAGAAUCUUUUCAAGACGCCAUCAGUAGUAAACCAUAUAUAGAUGAUACUUAA